AUGGCUAAUGACAAAGAAGUUGAAACUUCUUCCAAGGAUGGAAACAAGUCUGAUGUUUCCAACCCUUUAUUCAUUCAUCAUCCUGACCAUCCUGGCAUGAACAAACUUGGUUUUGUUGAUGGUACUGUCAAGAAGCCCUCAAAGAAAACUGAUCCUGAUGAGUUCUCUCUUUGGCAACGUUGCAAUGAUAUGAACCAGUCUUGGAUCUUGAAUUCCCUUGAUCAAGAUAUAGCUGAUAGCGUCAUCUACUUUAACACUGCUCACGAUAUAUGGGAAGAUUUGAAGGAGCAUUUCUCUCAAAACAACGUUCCUUUAAUUUUCCAGAUCCAAAGUGACAUUGCCUCCCUUACUCAAGAUCAAAUGUCGGUUGUUGCUUAUUACACAAGACUUAAGGGACUAUGGGAUGAGUUGGCAUCAUACAGCGAUGUGCCGUCUUGUACCUGUGGUGCCAUGAAAGAUCACGCUGAACGCGAUGAGAGGAAUCGGGUGAUGCAAUUUCUUAUGGGUCUGAAUGAUUCAUAUGCUACUUCUCGUGAACAUAUUCUUCUUAUGCAGCCACUACCAUCCAUACACAACAUCUAUUCUUUAAUUUCCCAAGAAGAGAAGCAACGACAACUGGGGACUUCUUAUACUACCUUGGAACCUGUUGCAAUGGUUGUUCGUCAACACCAGGGAUCUUCAAAUUCUACUCUCAAGCCUUUUCACUGCACUCACUGCGAUUGGGAUCAUCACACAAUUGAUACUUGUUAUAAACUUCAUGGCUAUCCUCCUAGGCAUCGACUGCACAAAUCCAACAGAAACAAGAAAGACUCAAGUUUCUCUGCCAAUCACGGGCAGAACAAUCCCAGUAUGCAAGAAUUGAAGUCUGUCAUGCCAAACCUUUUUGACAGUGAGUAUUAG